AAAAAAUCUACGCCAAUCAGAAGGGCUCACCAUGCAACGUGGCAGAAGCUUUCGACUAAUGAGGCUUCCCCCUUUCCACAAAAUCGUUGUUUUGUCUGUGUGCACGAGCCGGUUUGUCUCGCGAGACUCGGUAAGUUAGAUUAAUUAAGAUGAUGGAUGCUCUGUCUGUGGUGACCCAGCUCCGGGACCUGGCGUCGGAGCCCCAGAACCGGGAGGCAAUAGUCCAGGACCAGGGCUGUCUCCCCGGCCUGGUUCUCUUCCUGGACCACCAGGACCCGCAAGUGCUGUUCGCCACCCUGCAGACUAUGCGCUACCUGGCAGAGUGGCCCCUGAACGUCACCACUAUGAAGAAUGAACUGGGCAUGAUGGUCAGCCUGGUGACCCUGAUGGAGAGGAGUGGUUUGUGUGAUGACAUCAAUACCCUGUCGCGGGAGGUGUAUGGAAUCCUGAGUGCCCCGCCCACCCCAGCCCCGCCCAGCCCAGAGAAAGAGAGGAGGAGAAACAAACCCCAGUUCUUCCUCAACUCCUCCAAAGGGAAGAACAAGUCUGUCACUCUGCACAUCCAAGGCCUGGACAGCACUGCCCAGCGAGGUGUGUGUGAGGAGGCUCUGCUGAAGGUGAAAGGAGUGAUCAGCUUCACCUUCCAGGUGGCUUCUAAGAGAUGCACCGUUCGCAUCCGCUCUGACCUGCCCACUGAAAGUCUGGCGUCGGCCAUCGCUGCUACCAAGGUGCUGUCAGCCCAACAGGUGGUGAGGAAUGAAGUUGGGGAUGAGGUCCUGCUCCCCCUCAGUGUGUGUGGUGGUAAUGUGAGGGAGGAGAACGUAUCAAUACCAGACUACCUCCCAGAGGACGAGAGUCCCGAGAGCGAGACGGACCGCGCCGUGUCCCGUACCGCAGCCAAGGACAACACCUCUGGCAGCUGGCUCGGCUCAGCAGCCACUUUCCUCACCAGAUCCUUCUACUGGUGAAACUGGGGCCCUCAGGAGCCGGCAUGGCUGUUCUCACAGGCGACACCUGAACUGGGAACACAGCAGAACUGCCCCCGUAUGGCUGCAUCCUAAUUCUACAACACAUCUCCUGAAGUGUACACUACGGCUGCAUCCUAAUUCUACAACACAUCUCCUGAAGUCUACACUAUGGCUGCAUCCCUAUUCUCAACACAUCUCCUGAAGUGUACACUAUGGCUGCAUCCUAUUCUCAACACAUCUCCUGAAGUGUACACUAUGGCUGCAUCCCUAUUCUCAACACAUCUCCUGAAGUGUACACUCCCCGUCAUGGAUUUAAAAGCAUUGGCUGUAGGUGUAAACAUUGGCUGUAGGUGUAAACAUUGGCUGUAGGUGUAAACAUUGGCUGUAGGUGUAAACAUUGGCUGUAGGUGUAAACAUUGGCUGUAGGUGUAAACAUUGGCUGUAGGUGUAAACAUUGGCUGUAGGUGUAAACAUUGGCUGUAGGUGUAAACAUUGGCUGUAGGUGUAAACAUUGGCUGUAGGUGUAAACAUUGGCUGUAGGUGUAAACAUUGGCUGUAGGUGUAAACAUUGGCUGUAGGUGUAAACAUUGGCUGUAGGUGUAAACAUUGGCUGUAGGUGUAAACAUUGGCUGUAGGUGUAAACAUUGGCUGUAGAUGCACACGAGGGGACAGAGAGAAACAGGAUGUGACCAGUGGUGUAAAAAGUAAAGAUACCUUAAUAGAAAAUGACUCAAGUAAAAGUCAGUAAAAUACUACUUGAGUAAACGUCAAAGUAUUUGGUUUUAAAUAUACUUAAGUUUCAAAAGUAAAAUAAUGAAAUGCUUCAAAUUCCUUAUAUUAAGCAAAUCAGACGGCAAUAUUAGCUUUUUACAUUUUUAAUUUACAGAUAGCCAAGGGUGCUCCAACACUCAGACAUCAUUUACAAACAAAGCUUAGUGAGUCCUCCAGAUCAGAGGCAGUAGGGAUGACCAGAGAUGUUCUCUUGAUUAGUGUGUGAAUUGGACCAUUUUCCUGUCCUGCUAACCAUUCAAAAUGUAAUGAGUACUUUUGGGUGUCGGGGAAAAUGUAAGGAGUAAAAAGUACAUUAUUUUCUUUAGGAAUGUACAGUUGAAGUCAGAAGUUUACAUACACCUUAGCCAAAUACAUUUAAACUUUUCACAAUUCCUGACAUUUAAUCCUAGUAAACAUUCCCUGUCUAAGGUCAGUUAGGAUCACCACUUUAUUUUACGAAUGUGAAAUGUUAGAAUAAUAGUAGUGAUUUAUUUCAGCUUUUAUUUAUUUCAUCACAUUCCCAGUGGGUCAGAAGUUUACAUACACUCAAUUAAAAUGUGGUAGCAUUGCCUUUAAAUUGUUUAACUUGGGUUAACGGUUCAGGUAGCCUUCCACAAUAUGUUGGGUGAAUUUUGGCCCAUUUCUCCUGACAGAGCUGGUGUAACUGAGUCAGGUUUGUAGGCCUCCUGACAGAGCUGAUGUAACUGAGUCAGGUUUGUAGGCCUCUUUGCUCGCACAUGUUUUUUCAGUUCUGCCCACAAAUGUUCUAUAGGAUUGAGGUCAGGGCUUUGUGAUGGACACUCCAAUACCUUGACUUUGUUGUCCUUAAGCCAUUUUGCCACAACUUUGGAAGUAUGCUUGGGGUCAUUGUCCAUUUGGAAGACCCAUUUGCGACCAAGCUUUAACUUCCUGACUAAUGUCUUGAGAUGUUGCUUCAAUAUAUCCACAUCAUUUUCUUUCCUCAUGAUGCUUUCUAGUUUGAAGUGGACCAGUCCCUCCUGCAGUAAAUCACCCCCAUAACAUGAUGCUGCCACCCCUGUGCUUCACGGUUGGGAUGGUGUUCUUCGGCUUGCAAGCCUCCCCCUUUUUCCUCCAAACAUAACAAUAGUCUUUUCCAAGCUGUUUAAAGGCACAGUCAACUUAGUGUAUGUAAAGUUCUGACCCACUGGAAUUGUGAUACAGUGAAUUAUAAGUAAAAUAUUCUGUCUGUUAACAAUUGUUGGAAAAAUGACUUGUGUCAUCCACAAAGUAGAUAUCCCAACCGACUUGCCAAAACUAUAGUUUGUUAACAAGAAAUUUGUGGAGUGGUUGAAAAACGAGUUUUAAUGACUCCAACCUAAGUGUCUGUAAACUUCCGACUUCAACUGUAGUUAAGUAAUAUUUGACAAAAAUAUGAAUUGUAAAGUACAGAUACCCCAAAAAAGGACUUAAGUAAAAAAGAAAACUUAAGUAGUAUUUUAAAGUACUUUAUACCACUGCCACUGACUAGGGUGACCACAUGUAAAAUACCCAAAUAUGGAAUGAUUUUGUGGAACUUUGUAUUCUACAUUUAAUACAGUUUUGGGCAGAAGCAUCCUGCUUUUUUUGGGGGGGAGUAAAUUAGUUGUUUUUUGAAUUUGUGGGUAAAAUACAGGACAUGAUUGGUUGUGGGACAAAGGGCCAAAAUGUGGGACUAUCCGGCCCAAUCUGGAACAUGUGGUCACCCUACAAAACAAAUCAUGUCUUAUGAAGGGUCAGACAGUACAACAGGCUGCUGCUCGAGAGAAAGGUCUUAUCUGUUGAUUUCUUUUGCAGCCCUGCUCACUGCUUUCAGGUAAUGCAUUGGGAUGGAUGUACAUAUUACCCAACACUUCAAUCGGGUCUAUUUAUCUGUGUUAACUAUUCACUGUGUUUGCUGUUGGUCUCUACGCCUGUUGGAAUAUUUCAUUAUUGUUUAUCUUUCUGUUCUGAGGGGUUUACUACAAAGCAGGCUCGGUGCGUUAGCUUGCCUAAAUAUUAAAUAUUCUGAAAUAACUUUUGUUUAUUUUUUGGGGGUAAAGAUAAGUUUGAAAUGGGAAUUGUCUUACUUGACAACCCAAAACAAACAUCUAAGUUUUAGGCUUGUUAAUGACAAAAGCUGAAGAACAUAGGCACAUGCUGGAGUUGUAGGUGAAUUCACGACAAAAGGACACCGCAGCUGCUCCCAGGGGAUCUGUAUGGAUGCCUGAUGAAACGUUACAAAAAAUACCUGGGAGCAAGUGCUUUCUUAAUAAACCAGAAAUCAAGUUAUUGAUCCUGUUUUAUGGUCCACAGUACCCCCUCAGAUAUUGUAUGUAUUUGUGUUUUUACUCGUUGCCCCUGAGGUGACUAAAACGCUUGUAAAAACUGCCUUCAAUGUCUUUCCUAUUUCUGAAAUAAAUGAGCCCAAAAUAAAAUCA